AAUUUUUCAUCUUUCUUUAUCCUUUUCUAGAUUUUCUUUUUACCCUUCAAUCACUUAUCUAUAUCUAUCUACCUUUCAUGCUCUUUCACCACUCCUUCAAUAAAAUCUAUCAUUUAAUCAAUUCCUCUCUCUCUUACAACACUCAAGAAGCGAGACACAGAGGAGAGAUUUUGUUUCAGACAUCAAUGGCCGGGACUGGAUUGUUUGCAGAGAUUCUUGAUGGAGAAGUCUACAAAUACUACGCUGAUGGAGAGUGGAAAACUUCUUCCUCAGGUAAGAGUGUUGCCAUCAUUAACCCGGCCACAAGGAAGACACAGUACAAGGUUCAAGCAUGCACGCAAGAAGAAGUGAACGCGGUGAUGGAACUGGCGAAAUCGGCUCAGAAAGCGUGGGCGAAAACUCCUCUUUGGAAAAGAGCUGAGCUUCUUCACAAAGCUGCUGCAAUCCUCAAGGACAACAAAGCUCCCAUGGCUGAGUCUCUUGUCAAAGAAAUCGCUAAACCCGCCAAAGAUUCUGUUACUGAGGUUGUGAGGUCUGGAGAUUUGAUCUCUUAUUGUGCUGAAGAAGGUGUUAGGAUCUUAGGUGAAGGGAAGUUUCUUCUCUCUGAUAGCUUCCCCGGUAAUGACCGUACUAAGUACUGCCUCACUUCCAAGAUCCCGCUCGGUGUGGUUUUGGCUAUUCCUCCAUUCAAUUAUCCGGUCAAUCUCGCUGUGUCAAAGAUCGCUCCUGCUUUGAUUGCCGGAAACUCUCUUGUCCUCAAACCUCCAACUCAAGGAGCUGUUUCUUGUCUUCACAUGGUACAUUGCUUUCACUUAGCCGGUUUCCCAAAAGGUCUUAUCAGCUGCAUCACCGGAAAAGGAUCUGAGAUCGGAGAUUUCCUCACUAUGCACCCUGCUGUUAACUGCAUUAGUUUCACGGGUGGUGAUACCGGAAUCUCAAUCUCUAAGAAAGCCGGUAUGAUCCCUCUUCAAAUGGAACUUGGAGGUAAAGAUGCAUGCAUUGUCCUAGAGGAUGCUGAUCUUGAUUUAGUUGCUUCCAAUAUCAUCAAAGGAGGAUUCUCUUACAGCGGGCAGAGAUGCACUGCGGUUAAGGUAGUCCUAGUAAUGGAAUCAGUGGCGGAUGAGGUUGUUGAAAAAGUGAAAGCUAAAGUGGCCAAACUCACGGUAGGACCGCCUGAAGAAAACUCCGAUAUCACGGCAGUGGUGUCGGAAUCUUCAGCUAACUUUAUUGAAGGAUUGGUGAUGGAUGCUAAGGAGAAAGGAGCAACCUUUUGUCAAGAGUAUAAAAGAGAAGGUAACUUGAUUUGGCCUUUGCUUUUGGACAAUGUUAGACCGGACAUGAGGAUCGCGUGGGAGGAACCAUUCGGUCCUGUCGUGCCCGUCUUAAGGAUCAACUCUGUUGAAGAAGGCAUUAAUCAUUGCAAUGCUAGCAACUUUGGCCUCCAGGGAUGUGUAUUCACAAAAGACAUCAACAAGGCUAUACUGAUCAGUGAUGCAAUGGAGACAGGAACGGUUCAGAUCAACUCUGCGCCAGCUCGUGGACCGGACCACUUCCCUUUCCAGGGACUUAAGGACAGUGGAAUAGGAUCACAAGGUGUGACAAAUAGCAUCAAUUUGAUGACCAAAGUGAAGACCACUGUCAUCAACUUGCCUACACCAUCUUACUCUAUGGGGGACGGUUUCAUCUCACGACUGUGAUUCGAGCACACAAAAAUCCUUUUGAUAAAUCUUUGGAGUUUAU